GCAAGAGUUUGGAAGAGUGCAAGCUGCGGUUAAGCUGUCGUAGCUGUUGAUCGCGGGGAUAUGGGAAAAUGUAUUUGAAGCGCACGUCGAAGCUGCUGGACCUCACGGUGUCGCGCACCACUGCGGACGUGGAUCUGCGCGACCUGACGUGCCCGAUAUGCCGCGGGAUCCUGAUCGAGCCAGUGACGCUGCCGUGCACACAUAACCUCUGCCUGCGCUGCCUGCAAGGUACGUUCGAGCACAACAGCCUGAGCUGCCCGCUCUGCCGGGUCCGGGUGGGCUCCUGGGUGCGCACCGCCACCAGGUCCGAGACGCUGGUGAACCACGGCCUCUGGCAGCUGAUCAGGUCCAAGUUUCCGAAGGAGGUCGAGAACAAGCACAAUGGUGAGGAGGGGGACCUCGGCUUGGACGCUGAUUAUGCGGCGAACAGAAUACUCAGCGCGGCUGGAGAGAUACACCGGGAGUACAAGGCUCAACUUCAAAAGGUCGAGGAAGAGAGGCGCCGUCAGAGGCAGGUCGAACAGAUAGCCAGCGAGGCUUUGAUUCAGCAGAUUCAGGCGGAGGAGAAGCAGUUGUUGCUGGCGCAGCUGGCGCAGGAUCAGCUGCUGGCUAAGACUCUGGCCAAGCAGCAGCGAAAGGAAGCCGCCCAGAAGGAAGCUACAAAGUGUUACAACGAGUGUUUGUCGGUGCCGAGUUACGCCUUUAACGAGUCCAAGUUCAACUAUCCGACUAUACGUGUAAAUAAUGUCGAGACGACGCCGCAAACCGAAACUGCACGCUUGGAAGGCAGACACAUGGGUCUUCCCGAAUCUCUCAGAGACAGCUCGAAAACGAGGCAAAUAAAUAUGUUGUCUAAGGUGGACGUGUAUUAUGGUGUACGCGGCUCUAAGGAGGCAAACACGUCCGGUGUGUACAAAAAUCCGGCCACGUAUUGUUGCCAGAAACAAAUGCCCGUUUAUAACGCCGUCGCGAAGAAACUUCAAUCCAAGUUUACCCAACCUUGCACCUCAAAUUAUUCCAUGGAGCCCGGCUGCUCCACGUCCAGGGCUUACGCGACGGAGACUAAGGAGGAGUUGCGAGUGCCGAGUGACGUGGUGAACAGCAAGAAGAAGAGUCUCGGGGUGGAGGUGUGCAUGACGCUGGCCGACGACGACGAGAGAAUAGGCAGCGCCGAGAGUUCCGGCAGUCACGACAGCAUAAAUCAGGAGAUUCAUCAUUUCAAGCCGAUCAAGACGGUGCCGAGAACGAAAUUGCUAAUUUCUUCAGAUGGAAAACAGAUAGAUCCGAAGUUGAUUAGGGUGGUCCCGAUUUUAAAGAAAGUGUCUAACGCAGUGCCAAAACCUCCAUCGCCGACACACGUGAAACUUAUUGGAUGUUCUUGGAGCGCCUUCAGAGGUAAAAUAAGACAGGACGCAAAGGAAAAGCACGCUGCGCACAGUCUGAAGGAUAAUACGGGGACAUUAAUCGAGCAGAAGCCAUCAACGUCGCUCAUUCAUUCUCAAACGGUUUCGAAUAAGUCGACGACGAAGCCUCAGACAAACGACGCUAUCCGCCGACUCAAUUUUAUACCCGAACCGUCGUUCGAUAGUAACAAAAAUUACACGAAGAAUACAAGUAAAAUAAUCAAUGGCGCUAAAGUGAUUAAGAAGUUGUUGGACGAUGAAGUGGACGCGGGAAGAACGCGCGAUAAGGCUUUGAGGACGAACGUGCGAAACGGUAUGGUAGCGAAAUAUAAACGGCAUAGAAACCUACGGAGCAGAAAGGAAACCAGACUUACCGUGAACGUGACGGAUGAAGAGGAGGCCGAGCCGACGGGCUCCAAUUCGUCAUUCAGUAAAACAAGUUCGCAAACCGGCGAGCGAGACGGUGACGAUGACGUAGCUGUUGAAAAUAUAGCGGAACGAAUUAAAAGGAGGAAAGAAAACGCAGGGAAGAAGACGCUGGAGCCAGGAACGGAAUCCAGUGCGUCUAAAAGAAGCAGAACAACAACGAGGAAGAAAGCGUUACCUGAGAGGAUAGCGGUGGAUCGAGCUACGUUCUCGACAUCUCAAGAGAGUACGGAAGUCGGCGGCAAUUCCAUGAAAAGUCCCGCGAAGCGGCGAAAAAAGAGCAGCUCUCAGAACAAUACGGAGAAUCUUGGGAAGAACGAUCUCUCGACGGACGCUGUGCCCGGCUUGAGGAAGUCCGCGCGAAACUUGACGAGGAUUUCUUCCAUGGCAAGCGAGUCGGAUAACAAGAGUAACAAGAGUAAUAACAAGUUUAAUUACGACUCGCCGCCGGAGUCCUGCGACGAGACGGAUCAGCGCGUCCCGGAGAACGACGACGCCGUCUGCGUCGGCAGACUUCUCUCGGACGAGGAAGUGAUCGAGGAGCAGCAGCGGAUCGAGCGAUUGUUGCUGCAGGAGCGAGAGGACUUCGAGGUGGCUCGUCGCUUGCAGGCCCAGUACGACGAGAUGGAGCGAAUAGCCGGACGCACCAGACGCUCGAGGCAAGCCACCGAGAGAAGCGAUGUGAAUUUGCGUGAGGUCGACGCGGCGAGGACGGUUCGUAGGACGAGCGGGGUGCGCAGAGCCGCGAAACGGAAGUCGAUUGUCGGUCGAGUCGCGAGUACCGCGGCCAUGGGGACGCGCGGUAGGCCGAAACGCAUGAAAAUCACGGUUGACACGCGCGAGGAUGAGACGCGCACGCGAUAAUCGGCGCCGCCACGGCGCGUGAGAACCUGAAAACCCUCCACACACAAAAUUGGAUGUUCCUAUAAGCCAUACGUUUGACGAAAGAGGAUUCGACUUGUGACUUUUGUACAGUGUCUUGUGUAUUUUUUAACAAAUCAUUUGCCGUAUUGAAUAUGUACCUGGAUACAUCGCGAGAGUAUGAACGAAGGAAGCGGUUUUUGGCUCUUCUUGGAUUGUUGUAACGUCCGUUUCCGGUGUCCACACGAAGGAACGUCUGUUGUGCUCGUUUUUUCUGUUCCUAACGCAUCAUCGUUCGUGCACGUUUUGACAACAUGGGAAACGCGGUUUGUGCUCAUGUACAAUACGCCCUGGAACGACCGGCCUAAAUUUUAACAAAUCUUGACCGACAGAUUUCUUUUUUAGCGAGAUAAUUUUUUAAGAUUGAGGUUGGCGUUUCUCCGGGACACCUCGGCCGGGAUUUGUAGUCGGACCUUGUAUUUAAGACCGUCUUAAGUAAUGUUUUAAGACGCUAUAGCCGGUAUUCAUAGUCAGAUCUUAUUUCAAGAAC